AUGGGUUAUUUCAACUAUGAAAAACUACGUCAAACUAACGCAUCGAAAAAAUCAUGGUGGAAUUUAGCCAAAACAUUAUUUCGACGGUCUCGCUCUUCAAAAAUUUCUAAGCUGAGAGACCAAAAUAAUCAGAAAUGGUCUGAAGACAAAAUGAAAGCACAUGUUUUUAAUCAACAUUUUGCUGCCAUAUGUACCAUGACUACUGCCGAUUAUGACAAAGAUAUUUCACCUGAUAAACUCCCUCUCUCUACUCCCACAUUAGAUCUUUUUACAGUAACUACCAGGGAAGUUGAAAAAUGUUUAAAAAUGAUUAAUGCUAGUAAAGCUACAAGCGAAGGCAUAAGUUCAAAAAUUUUAAAAGAAGCUGGGCCUGUUAUUGCCGAAGACUUAAAACACAUUUGUAACUAUUCUCUUUCAUCAGGAGAUUUUCCCGAUAAAUGGAAACUGGGAUUAAUACAUCCACUUUUUAAAGAUGGUGAUACCACUCUUCCUACAAAUUACAGACCCAUCACGCUUCUUCCUGCUAUGUCUAAGAUCCUCGAAGGUUAG